AUGGAAGUGAUCAGUUAAAAAUGCCAUAAGUAUAGUGAAGGAUGGUCUGAGAGAGAAUUAUUAGCUAAAUAAAGUAUUUAAAUAAUAAUAUUUCUUAGAAUUGUCAACAAGAUUAACUAUUUUAACUUUUCUUUUAGCUAUUGCAUUAAUAAUUAUAUCCUUAAUAUUUUUCAAUAAAUAUUCUUUUACAUUAAUGAUACUAUUGUUAGUGUCUGCCCUAGUCUCAUUAAUUUUAUGUGUAAUAAUAAUCGUUAAUUUGAAUUUAGGGUAUCAUAUUUUAUUGGUUUAAUACAACUGCAGUGAGAACAUAGGAUGAUUAUCAAUAAUCACAUGAAGUUUUGGAAGUUGAUUAAAGAAUUUCCAUUGCAGUAUUUUUGGGAUCAUUCCUUAACAUUUUAUUUAAUUGUUUUUUAUUAGUGUUAAUUGUAUUUUGGUAUAGAAUAGGAAAAGAUUUUUAUUUGGCAAAACAUUAUGAUAGUUAAACAACUCCAACAGAAUAUAUGAGUUAUUACACUUAUGGAUUGUAUAUAGCAAUACCAAUUAUGAUCAUAAUAAGUUUAAUGCUAAUGUAUGUAGCUUUUACUAGUUAUAUCACAAUUCAAUAGAAGAAUUAAUUAAGAGUAUGUAUUUAUGUAUUUUCUUUAAUAACAAUCAUAAUUGCAUCAUUUACAAUUCUGUACACAAAUUAAGUAUUAUCAGAAUUAACAAUUCCAUAUUCUCCUGUUUAAUCAAAUCGUACAUUUACGAUAUUUUAAAUUUUAGCUAUAGGAGCAAUAAUAACAGCUUUAAUUUCUUUUGUUUUAACAUUCCUUUAUAGACAAGAUUUAUUUGAAACAGUAGGCUAUGCUAAUUUAAUUAUUAUAUUUUUAAUCGCAGCUUGUUCUUUUCAUGUAAUAAGACUUAGUGAAUAAGUAAGAACUACUUAUAUUGAUGAAUGUACUCAAUAAAUGAGAAAUACUCAUUAGAGUUGGAUAAAAGAAAAUGCAUAAUGCAAUAAAUAUUUAGAAAAUAUAGUAUGUGAUCCAUAAAAUUAAGCAAUAUCAUGGGAAACAGAUUCAACUUAGAAAUGUUUAAAUGUAUCUUGUUGUAAUGCUUUUUCUGAUUCAAUGUCAUCUAAUUUAUUUAAAGCAGGAUUUUCAAUAUUAUUAUUAGUAAUAAGUGGAUUUGCUUUGUCUAUGGCUUUAUUAUAAGUUGAUACAAGUGUUAAAACAUAAUAAAUACCAAAUAGAACUUUAGAUUGGAUAUUUGUUUUAAUUGCAAUUGUUGUUUGUGUUUUUUCAUUUCUUUUAGUAUUCUCUGUUCCUAAAUUACCUCCUUAAAUUGAUAAUUUUAUUAUUGAAAAUUAAAAAGUAAUUAAAGCUAAUAAAAAUCCACUUGUUUAUCCAACUGGAAUUGAAAAUGUAACUGGAUGUGAACCUUUUUUGAAUAUUUACAAAUAGUAAAAUAAUAAUAAAGAUAUUGAAUUAAAAGGAGUAUCUAGGGUAACUAUUUUAGCUCCUCAAAUGCAAGUUGUUGUAACAGAAUAUGUUAAUUCUCCUAAUGUAUCAUACAUUCCUAAAUUAAUGAUUAAGAAUAUUCUAUAUCCUUAAGCAAAUGAUGCUACUGAUGGAAUGUUUGGAGUUUAAGGAAACAAAGAUGAAAUUAAAAAUAUUUUAUAAAAUCAUGUUUAAAUUUGUAGUGAUACUGAUAGAUAGAUUUAAGUUGAUAUUUAUUAAAUAGAAACUGCUUAAAAUACUAGGUUAUUAUGGUAAAAACAUAGAAAUCAUUAAGAAGAAAGGAGUUUCUCAUAAAGUUAAAAAGAAUAUAUAAAUAAUCUUAAAUUUACAAAUCUUUAAGUCAAUAUUAUUGAUAUCUAAACUGGAUAAGAAUUAAAUGAUGUUAUAUUAUAUUUCUAUAAAAAUGAAAAUGAUUGUGGAAAAGUUAAGCCAAUCCCAUCUAGAUUAAGUAUUUUAUUUAUUUAUUACUAUUUUAGUUACAGUAGAUUAGGAUAGCAUUUUAUAUAAUAUGGUUGUUAAAGAAUAUUAUUUUGGUGCUGAAAAAAAAGGAUAUUAUUUAUAUUGUAAUAAAUUUAAAAACACUGAAUAAACUAAAAGUCUUGAAGUGACUAUGAUACCUAGAUCUACUAUUAAAGGUUAAUUUUCAGUAGUCUUAGAAACUCCUAAACAUACUAAAUUUAAUUUGUUAUUAGGUGCUUCUUAUAUAGAAUGUACAGUUGGCUUUUUUAAUGAUAAUUGUGGUGGCAUGAAGUUUUAUGGAAAUUAAAAUGCCUAAUCUAUCUAUAUCAAUCAAUUAGCACAAAGAAAAUAUACUUUUUUUGUAUAUUUUGACCCUCUAGAUCCUAAAAUAAAAGAAUUAAAUAUUAAAAAAUAACAAGGACAUUCUAUUGAUACAUCAUAAAUUAAUAAUGAUCCAAUUUUUUAAGAAAUUAAACCUAUCAUAACCCUCUAUGCUUCUGAAUAAGAAAGACCAAUCAUUAGAUACUAAUUACCAUAAGUUGAUAAUCUUAAACAUGAACCAAAUCUAACUUGGUUAGUUCUUUGUGUUGAUGGAAGCAUAGGUGACAUAUCAUAAAAAUCACCUGCUCACUUUUGGACUUAUUCAGCUAAUCCAAAUAAAUUAUAAAGACCCAAUAAUUCUAAAGAAAUAUACCCUUAGGUAUGCAACAAUAUAUGA